GCAAAGAUGGCGUCGGCUGCAGGUGGCAAGAAAGGGAAGAGGAAGAAGGGAGUCUCCCUGGAUCUGAAUGUGUUCCUCCAAAAUGAAAAAGGCGCUUCUGAUGGCAAGGCCAUUGUCAUCACCAAGACUGGUGGCAGUUCCUGGGCUGACCAGAGAGAUGACUUUGACGCUGAGCCGGAGAAGACGGUGGUGCUGCCCACUGCGCCCUCCAGUGUGCGCGGUGGCAUGAGUGUCGACCUCGACCGCAUUCCCGUCAAUGGGCCCUACAAGGUGUUCCUGGCCAACGUGUCAUACGACGCUGACGAGGACAUGAUCUCCGCCAUGUUCCAGGGAUUGGAUGUGGUCAGUGUGCACCUGCCCUCGGACAGCACCGGCCGGUUCAGAGGCUUCGGCUAUGUGGAGUUCAGCAACCGAGAGGACCUGAUCGAAGCCCUGCAGAUGGAUGACUUGGAGGUGGGCGGGCGCAAGCUGCGCAUCGACCUGAAGACGCCGAGCGAGCGCGACCAGCGCGGCUUCUCGUCGUCGUACCGCACCGACGGCGACCCGGACCGGGCCGACAGCGACUGGCGCUCGGGGCCGCGCACCGAGCCGGCGCGCCAGGACCGCGACUGGCGCUCGGGCGGCCCCAGCCGCGACGCGCCCGACCGCGGCGGCGAGAGCGACUGGCGGUCCGGGCCGCGCUCAGAUAACCGCGGCGGCUUCGGGGGCGACUUCGACCGUGACCGGGGUGGCUACGGCGGCUUCGGCGGCCGUGGAGACCGGGACCAGGGGCCGACGAUGGCCAACCGCCCGGGCAGCAAGUACGAGGCGGUGCCGUCCUUCUCCGACUACGGCCGCGGCGGAGAUCGAGGUGGUGGCGGUUAUGGUUAUGGUGACAGGCGAGGGGACGACCGGUACGGAAGUCGAGACGACCGCUACGGGGAUAGAGAUCGAGGUGGUGGUGGUUAUGGUUAUGACAGACGAGGCGACGACCGAUACGGAAGUCGAGACGACCGCUACGGGGAUAGAGAUCGAGUGGGCGGUGGUUAUGGUUAUGACAGACGAAGGGACGACCGUUACGGAAGUCGAGACGACCGCUACGGUGACAGAGAUCGAGGAGGAGGCGGUGGCUUUGGCUAUGACAGACGAGGCGACGACCGAUACGGAAGUCGAGACGACCGCUACGGGGAUAGAGACCGAGGCGGCGGCGGCGGCGGCUUCGGCUACGACCGACGGGGGGACGACCGCUUCGGCGACCGAGGCCGGGAUGACAGGGACGGUCCGCGGUAUGGUUCCAGGGACGGCCCGCGUGAUAGCAGGGACGGGCCGCGCUACGAGCCGAGCGACGGACCGCGCGGUGAUUCCAGGGACGGCCCCCGCUACGGAGGCAGGGACGGACCAGACAGCGCCGAGGGCUCCACAGCCGACGGCGACCGGGCGGCACCGGCGCGGCCCAAGCUGAACCUGAAGCCGCGCUCGGUGCCGGCCGAGGAGAUCGGAAAGCCGGCGGCGUCCAGCAGCAUCUUCGGCGGAGCGCGGCCCGUCGACACGACGGCGCGCGAGCGCGAGGUGGAGGAGCGGCUCAAGGGCCUGUCGACGGAGCGGCCGCGGCCGCCGCCGACCGACGGCGCGCCCUCCGGCUCGCAGCGGCGCGCUGAGGCCUCGCGCGACAUCCGCCUCGCCGACGGGCCGCCGCCCAAGCCCAAGGCUGACCAGGACGAGCGGGCGGCCAGUUCCGGAGAGACCAAUGGGAAGGCGGAGGGCGCCGAGAGGCGGGAGCGGGCGCCGCGCCCGCCCAAGGUGCUGGACGAGAAGCCGGCCGAGUUCGCCCAGCCCACCAUGUACAGCGCACUGGCCGAAGAGGACGACUAGGCGGCGCGGCAGAGGCGCCGACACGAGCGAGCCGACCGCGCACGGGGCGCGCCACCGCCCGCGCGGCCACGCGCAGUGGGCGCCGACCGGGCCCGGCCGGCGCGCGCGAGACGGGCGGCGCCCCGGGAGAGGAGGCAGCGCCCCUGUCGACCAGGCGGCGCUCCGGUCGACCAGGGUCGGGCCCGAGGGGAGCCAGGGCUCGGAGUCAGGAGGGCGCGUCGCGUCGCGGGGAGGCGGGAGAGGACGGAGUCGGGGCCCCGAGUCGAGGAGGCCGGCUUCGAGUCAGGGUCCGCCGGGCGUCGCGCAGCGGGGCGACCCGGCCGCCCGCCAGCGCUGGACGUCCGUCGGCGCUACUUGUGCUAUAACGCCGCUUGCGGGUGGAGCGUAACAGCCCGGCACGAAUAUUCUCUAAAUUGGUAAUCGGACGAGGGUACUUUUGUAUUCUUACGUUGUUUGGCAAAUAUAUGUCCUAGUAGCGUG